UGGCCGCUCGGUUAGCCGGUUAGCUCGUUGUGCCUGGAGGUCCGCUCAGCCUCACCUCCGAUGGCUGAGGAGAGAAUGAUGAGCGGGAAGACGGUGGUGGUGACCGGGGCUAACAGCGGGAUAGGGAAGGCCACGGCGGCCGCCAUCGUGAAGCUCCAGGGCCGCGUGAUCAUGGCCUGCCGGGACCUGAGCAGCGCGGAGGAGGCGGCCCGGGAGAUCCGGGAGCAGACCGGGGCCGACCGGGCCCAGCUGGUCCUCAAACAGCUGGACCUGGCCUCCCUCACAUCUGUACACACGUUCUGUCGGGACAUGAUGAAGGAGGAGCCUCGGCUGGACGUGCUCAUCAGCAACGCUGGAGUCUACCAGUGUCCUUACACCAGAACAGAGGACGGCUUCGAGAUGCAGUUUGGGGUCAACCACCUGGGCCACUUCCUGCUCACGCACCUGCUGCUGGACCUCCUGAAGCGAUCUGCUCCCAGCCGCAUCGUGGUGGUCUCCUCCAAACUCUACAAGCACGGUCACAUCAACUUUGAGGACUUGAACAGCGAGCACAGCUACGACAAGGCCUUCGCCUACAGCCGGAGCAAACUGGCCAACCUGCUGUUCACCUGUGAGCUGGCCCAUCGCCUGGAGGGCAGCGGCGUGACAGUGAACGCCCUGACUCCAGGCAUAGUGAGGACUAAUCUGGGGAGGCACGUUCAUGUCCCGGUGUUAGCUCAGCCCAUGUUCAACCUGCUCUCCCGGGGCUUGUUUAAGAGCCCUGAAGAAGGAGCUCGGACUUCAGUGUUCUUGGCCUGCAGCCCAGACGCAGACGCUGUGCAGGGAAAGUGCUUCGCAGAUUGUCGGCCUCAGGUUCUGCUGGACAAGGCCACAGACCGGGAAGUCGCCAGUAAGCUGUGGGACAUGAGUGAAGUCAUGGUGGGCAUUACCACAUGAGUUCAAGCUCAUCAGGAACAGAUUGUCGUUACACACAGUGAAGUGAAAGAUCUGAAAUCAAAUCAAAAAUAUUCAGUGUCUUGCUCGUUACAGCAGUGUUAUUUGAGAAGCAAUCAUAUGCAUCUGCUUUCAGUCACUAUUUCCGUCUAUAUAUUUUCAAAUUUAUAGUGAAUGACAGAUGCUAUGUUUGUGUGAUUUAGGUAAGGGCUGGCUAUCAGGUUCUCUACUUUGAGGAGUAUGCAGGUUUUUCAUUGAAAGCCUCUGAAAACAGAGAUUGCUGAUUUUUCUCUGUGGGUUAAAUAAUAGUUAUAUUAUCAUGAUUUAUUAACAUUUAAAUCAAAAUUAAUUUUCUUUCAAGGUAUAAACAAAAAUCACAAGGGCUCUAGACUUGUCAUAUGAGUCAUAGACAUUAUGAUCAAGUACAUUGAGUAAAUAUGCUGAAGUGUAUAAAAUAUGUCAAUAUAUACUAGAAUAU